CCGUCGAACCCGAGAGCUGUGCAGGAAUUUCCGUGAAUCAAUUCCGGUUGUGGUCAGCUUCAAACGUUUAUCAGUCCUCCUCGGUGAAGUAAAGUGCGUUAGGAAAUGUUGGGUCAAUUGUUACGUGCCGCGAACGGACUAGUGCGCGAAUGUCGCACUUAUUCGAAAGCGGCAUCCGUAAGUUCCGCCAAAUUGCAGGAACUGGCGAUGGAGGAGACCUGCUUGGUGGUAAACGAUCAGGAUCAGACAAUUGGAACGGCAUCGAAGCGAGACUGCCAUCGGGUCGCCCCCGACGGUAACAUCCGCCUGCACCGGGCGUUCAGCGUGUUUCUGUUCAACAGUGCGGGAGAUAUGCUGCUCCAACGGAGAUCCCGCGACAAAAUAACGUUUCCCGAUUGUUACACGAAUGCCUGCUGCAGCCAUCCGCUGUACGAUAUCAAAGGUGAGCGCGAGGAACUGAAUGCCCUUGGCAUCCGUCGCGCUGCCCAGCGAAGGUUGAACUACGAACUUGGCAUUCCGCUGGCACAGGUAAGAUCUCAAAACUUUCACUACCUCACCCGCAUCCACUACGCUGACCGGGGCGAUGGUACGUGGGGCGAGCACGAGAUCGAUUACAUUCUGUUCCUGCAGAAAGAGGUCGAUCUCAAACCGAACGAUUCGGAGGUUAGCGAAGUGCGGUACAUUAGCAGGAAGCAGCUGGACCAAACGAUCAGUACGCUGAGCGCACCACUCACCCCAUGGUUCCGGCUUAUCCUGCAGCACCGACUGCCGCUGUGGUGGGACAAUCUACAUCAGUUGAAAAAAUUCCAGAACCACGAGUCAAUCGAAAGAUUCUAAGGCGAUUCUACGAUCCUGUGUCACUAUUAAGGGCAUUAAGUCAGGCGUUGGGCGCGGGGUGAAAUGUCAAACAGAGGCAAUAAAAAGAUUUCAAAUCGUUUCUAGGUGUAAAGGGACCCCCUUCCGAAGUAAAACCGGUGACGGUAGUUCCGGAAGGGAUGGGAUGGAGAAGAAGCAAGUAGGGUUUAGUGGGUAGGACCUCGGCACCGAGGGAGAGUCCCACACUCCGUGCGUAAAUGUGGUCCCUACUUGUAAAAUAUAAAAAAAAAAAAAA